AUGUCGAAAGACGUCCCUCGUGAACCAGAGCAGCUCCGCAAGCUGUUUAUUGGAGGCCUGAGCUUCGAGACGACAGACGAGAGCCUGCGUGCUCAUUUUGAACAAUGGGGGUCCCUUACAGACUGCGUGGUCAUGAGAGAUCCCAACAGCAAGCGGUCCAGGGGUUUUGGCUUUGUUACCUAUUCCUCAGUACAGGAAGUUGAUGCGGCAAUGGCUGCCCGUCCUCACAAAGUGGAUGGGAGGGUCGUGGAGCCUAAACGUGCUGUGUCCAGAGAAGACUCAAACCGUCCAGGUGCUCACGUAACUGUGAAGAAAAUCUUUGUGGGAGGCAUCAAAGAGGACACUGAGGAGUGUCACCUUCGGGAUUAUUUUCAACAGUUUGGCAAAAUCGAGGUCAUUGACAUUAUGACCGACCGCGGCACUGGAAAGAAGAGGGGCUUUGCUUUCGUCACCUUUGAUGACCACGAUUCAGUGGACAGGAUUGUCAUUCAAAAAUAUCACACCAUAAACUCUCACAACUGCGAAGUCAGGAAGGCCCUGACUAAGCAGGAAAUGCAAAGCGUAGGAAUGGGAAUGAGAGGAGGACGCAGCAGCGGGGGAAGGCCAUAUGAUUACGACAGAGGCUUCAACCAGGGUAGCAGAGGUAGAUAUGGAGAUGGUCCUAAUAAUUGGAACGAUGGCGGUUAUGGAGGUGGCCCUGGAGGUCCUGGUGGAUACGGCAACGGUGGAAACAGGGGCUAUAACCAGGGUUACAACCAGGGUGGUGGAGGCGGCGGCGGUGGAGGCUAUGGUGGAAACGGCUACGACAGCAACGGUUAUGGUAACUGUGGUGGCGGUGGUGGAGGCGGCGGCAGUGGCUACAACAACAUGGGCCAUUACGACCCCCAGGCCUCUAACUUUGGUCCAAUGAAGAACAACUUUGGAGGUGGUGGCGGCGGCGGUGGAGGCAGGAGCUUCGGUGGCUAUGGAGGCGGCUCCAACAAUCCUGGUGGCUAUGGCCGACCGGGACGAUUCUAAGACUUCGAGUGGACUGAUUACUUAGGAGAGGAGAGCAAGGAGAGGAGAGCAAGCGAAGUGACAGGGCAGCUGCAGGUUUACCUCCUAAAUCUGCUCAGCCAAGCAGUUGUGGCAGGUUACAGCUGCUACAAGAAGAGAUGAACUUUAGAUAAAUCAUGGAGGGCCUUCAAUUAAACGUUGUCUUCUGUUUUUUUUCUUUCAACAAAAUGUGUUUAUAAAAAGCAUUCCAAUGAGGGUUUUAUGUUUUAUCUUUGAGUCUGGUUUUUAUUUGUAACUGCUUCAAAUCACUGAAAUAAACCCACCUUUCAGUUUUUUAA